AUGUCACCAACCCGACGAUUCUUAGACCCGCUGGUCACCUACCUGCUCCUCCUGCUACUCCGAGUGCUGCGCCCAGUUUGCGCGGGGCCCUGGGAUCUGUCCACCUUCCGGCUCUGCAACACAUUAUACCUCCAGGAAAUAGAUUCCAAUGCGUCGGGCGUGACGUAUGUGCCGGAGAGCAACACACUGUGGAUUGUGGUCAAUAACCCCCCCGGGCUGUACGAGUACACCAUGGAGGGCGCCCUGCAGCGGAAGAUUAACUUGUGGUGGCUUCGGGAUCCGGAAGAUGUGGUCUAUGUGUCUCGCGACCGGGUGGCUGUCGUGGAGGAGCCGCCAGGGGGCGGCAUAAGAGUGCUGGAUGUCAGUCGUAGCGGCGGCGGAAUGCAAACGGAGUACAUUUCCCUCAUCUACUAUCCUAGAAGUGGUGGUUCCGGAGCUGAGGGCCUCUCGUACGAUCCACAGAGCGGCACGUUCUACGUAGCCCAGGAGAAGCGGCCCAAGGGCGUGUACGCCAUCCGCAGGACCCGCUGGUACACCAACUGCACAAAGAUUAUUGAUGGCGAUGUGGCCUUUAACUCCGUGGGCGAUUUAUCGGCUAUCAACUACAUCCCGGAUCUCAACGAGUUCUUUGUGUUGUCGCAGGAGAGCAGCCGUGUACUGCGGACUACCCUGGAGGGCCAGGUGCUACAGGAGAUUGGCGUUAAAGGAUCCUCCGCUGAGGGUCUACACAUGAUGUCGGACGGUUUGACCAUGCUCGUCGUGAGCGAGCCCAACGUGAUGAGGAUAUACAGGGCGGAUGGUUGCGGAAAUAAAUGA